CGUAACCAUAGUCUUUAACUUGUCAAUGUCAAGAAACGUCACUUUGUUUGUUGUUGUUGACAAAGUUUAAACGAGAAUAAUGAAAAAAAAGUUUUUAUAUGCAUGUUUUUUAAAUAUUUUCGCACGCUCAUAAAUUAGGGAGACCACAUUUUUUUUAUUAAAAUACAAUUAUCAAGUGUACUAAAGUUAAGAAAAAAUAUGUCUGAUCCCGGAACGUUUGUUUCUAGUAUUAAAGUUAAAGGAAUUCAAUUUCUACCACCUGUGAUAAAUCCAAAACGUCGAACCGAGAUCGAACGAGACAGACAACAGGCUAUUAAACUAGAGAAACGAUUACAGAAUACCAGGAAGUUAAAAAAAGAUCUCCAUGAUCUGUUAAGUAUACGCAACAUUUCCAACCAUUCCCAAUCAAACAAAAAAUCAUUCCCAGUUCAAUUAAAAAAGAAAUCAAAUCUGAGCAAGUUAAUUGUAGAUGUGUCUGAGUACAGCAAUGAUGGUAUCAAAUUAAUUGACAAAGAUUUUGGUUCCUUGAGAGAAUCUUUUCAAGGUCAUACGGAUAUUUGUACGCAAGGGUAUGAUACUGACACUUUAUCGAAUAAAACCGAUGCUUCAUCAAGUAAGACAUGUGAAAUUAGUGGUUUUAGUUUAACCUCAAAGUCAACAAGCAGUAAGGGGAGCUCUGUGGAACAAUGCCCAUUGUUGGAUUUAAGUAGACUUAGUAAUAGUACCAGCCAGACUCGAACUCCGUCCCCUCGAAAAUCUCCGAAACCAAGAUUGAUCCGAAGCAACUCUUACACGUUAGAGACCCCAAGCCCUAUACUAUUGGCUCAUUUAGAAAAAUGCGGCAAAAUUAAUCACGAUAGAGUUCAAAUCGAAGAACCGGUUUUGUCAAGGACUUGGACUUCUUUGGAAAACAAUUAUGUACCGUUCGAGCAAAGCGAAUUCAGCAGUUUGAACACUGUCUACCAUUUCAAUGACAAACCUGAAGUAUUCAACAAAACAGAAAAAAUUGCAGAACAACAAGUACCAGAAAAAGACAGCUCCAAAGACACAUCCCCUACGAUCGAGGUCAUCCAAACCGACAUUUCCGUACAACAAAUCACCGUCAACGCCAACACAGAUCGCGUAGAACCCGUCAAAACGACGCUGGACCUAUCGGAUCCCGAUUGCCAAUUAAUGGAAGUCCUCAAAAAAAUCCCUGAAGACUAUUCCAGACAAAUCGUGGAAUUAAUCGAGAAACAACGGUCCGAGCACAACGUCAAAGUGGAUAAUUUUAGUAAACAGUUUAAUAGGAAUAUCCCUUGUUCCACUCCGUCUCACGAUGAAGAUACAUCUAAUUACAGCGUUGUUUCUGCUUCGCCCAGUCAGUCAAUCUACUACAGUUUCGGUUCUUCCGAUACACUGAUGCCGAGCACGCCAUUGGCGAGGAUGACUGAUUUGGAUACUUGUCAAGAGGAGGGUAGCGUCAAAAAUAAUUUUAGCAGAGAUGUGAUAUAUGAACGUGGUGCUAGGCAGCAUGACGAUAGCCUACGUGAUUUUGGCAGAGAUAUGAAUAGGGAUGUAUAUGAAGGUGCUAGGCAGCAUGAAGUUAGUAGUAGACGUGAUUUUGGCAAGAAGGUGUUUAGCAGUAACUAUGGAAAUAUUGAUAGUAUUAAAAAGGAAUGGGCGGCUUGUGUGAUAGGUGCGCACGCCAAGGGAUAUCUAACCAGACGUCUCCUAAAAACUGAAAGAGUUCAAUCUUUAAUCGAAACGAUAAGGGACGCGCUUUUGUGCGCCCUACAGCUCCACACAGUUGAAAAUAUUGACGAGGCUGACAUAGAAUUACACAGGAGGCUGAUAAAUCAGGUUUCAGCAGCUUGUUACGAGUUUCACGACAUUUUCUUCUCACUGUCAAUCACUGACAAGAUGUCCGUAAUAUCGACCGAUAGAAAGAGACGCAUGGAAAAAGCGAAAAGAUCGAAAUCGGGAUCCGAUUUGCACCGAUCCGUAUCGAAUUCGAGUCGAUCGUCGACGAGAAGCGUCGCUUCGUUGACGUCUAGCUUAACGAAAAUUUGACAAAAACGACGUCACCGAAUAAAAUAAAUUUGUUCCAAUUUCGUAUGCUAGAGAAAAAUCGUUUUUUAAACAGUAUCGUUUCAAUUGCAGAUAAGUUUUAAUCUUUACUCGGCUUUAACUUCGAAUUUGUUGGUUUUAGGACAAACGUGCCCAUAACCUUUCUAAUAGAUAAUUUAAUUCCUUUUAAUUUUGUAUGUUUGUUUUUGUCAUAAGAUUGAUAGAAAACCAUUUCUGUUCAUAAAUUGUAUAUUUAACUAGCUAAAUGGCAUAACCAAUAAUCCAAAUAACUUGUGCGUUUUGAAUAUGAGUUUAUUAUAUUUGUAUAAAGUCACCAGGUUUGUACCUUUUCUCUCAUUUUUGUUUUAAUUACAAAGUUGGUGCUUCACAAUUGAUCUGAAUACAUUAGCUAUAUUGGACUUGGUCCGAUGUUAACUGACUACCAACCGUAACUAACCAGUAUUUUUUACAGCAGUUCUUGAAAAACAUAGUAUUUGAUUCACAGAUUAAUAGUCAUGUCACUUUUGUGACAUUUGACUUAAUGGUAACCCUAUAAAUAUACUGGCUAGUAGACUGACAUUUAAGUAAUCAUUUUUCAUCCAACCGCAUCUCAUUUUUACCGGUUUUUCAAAAAUGUUGAGCAGAUUUUGGAUCGCAUUAAGAAUAUUUCGUAUGACGUAAUUUGUUCUUGUGACAAAUGACAAAAAAAUAAAGGUUAUUCAUUAACAUUUUUAUUUAUAUUAUUUUCAAGAUUGAAUUCAUUUAAACACAAUAUUUAAAAAACUGUCAGUGUCAAUUAUGAUGUUUUUGUUAAGUCAACUGUCAUUGUAAAACAAAUUACAUCACAUUAAUCUAGCGUAUUGAGUUGCUAGGAUUUGACAUAUCUUUUUAGUAACAGAGUGCUAUUUUUUCCAUUUGGUGAUUAUUUAUCAAUUAAAAAACGUUAGUGAUAUAUUUUUAAAAGUUAUUAGUUUUUAAAUUCGUUCUUUAAAACUAAAUAUUAAUUUUGACAUAUUUACCAGUCUUUGUGUCGGACCUGUGGAAAUGUCAAAAAAUUAGGUUAUGUUUUCUGUAAUGGAAUAAUGAUGUAUAACCAACUUAAGUCAAAUUUGUGUUAACUGUUUAAAAGUGAAAAUAAGCAAAAUGUUUUGACUUGAACUCGAAAACAAAAUAAGACUGGUAGAAUUACAGACAUUGGUUUAGUAACGCUUCCUUAUUUUUUGUUUUACAUGUAUUUUGAAAAUCAUUAAUAAAUUCGACGAAAUCCUCCUCCAUUUUAUACGAUUUCGGUGAUUUUGUUUUUAUUCACUUCCUGCUGCGUUUAUAUUUUAACAAAAAUGGUUUUUUUUGGAUUUCCGAGAUGAUUUAGAGAGAAUUUGCAACGAUUUCGAGUGAAAAAGUACCAAUAAUUUUUAAAGUGGUUCACCCCUAAGUUUUGAUGCUGUUGUUUUAUGUCAAAUUUGGUUGAAGUUGGCAACAUUGUAUUCCAAAAGUUUACCGUACUAUUUCAGAUAUUUCGGUGAUCUAAGUGUUGAUACUUACCAAAUUCUUCCUCGUUCUUUUUGACAAUCAUGAAUGUAACUUCCAAUAUUUACACUAAUUUGUAUUUUUUUUUUUAGUAUAUUACUGUCGAAUAUUUUUGUAUUAUCCAUUUUUUAUACUAAACGUGUUCAUUUCAGUAAUUUCUCAUAUCACUGAUAUAUUAAUCUGUCAAAAAAUGACAUUUGACAUUAUUAUCAAGUAAGACUGUCGAAGAAUGCAUAGAUAUGAACAUGUUGAUCUUCUAAAAAGUGUCUUGCAACUGUGGCCUUGAUAAAAUAAAAUGUGAAAAAGAAUACCAAAGCCACUAAUAAAACUGUUUUAUUAAGCUUUUUCGUUUUAUUGAAAUUAAUAACACAAAAACAGUAUAAUAUUCAUUUAUAUUUACAAGUCUAAAAAUUGAUGCCUACAAAAAGAAUAAUAAAUAACAUUUUACGGUAGCACUGACUACAGCCAACAUAAUAGGGCAAUGUUUAAAGGGCCAUUUCAAUGGUAAAACCGAAAUUUAUAGCAUUAAACCACGUUAAGAGGUCACAAUUGUUAAAAUGACAUGACAGAAUUACAUUUAUUAAAACGUAUACCUAGCAAACUAAUGGCCGUGUUCACCGCCGUAAAACGUGUUUUAAGAAUCAUAUAAUCAUGUUUCAUAAUCGGUUGAGCUGACGCUGAACGAUUGUUAAUAUGUACUCUCUUUUUAUAACGAAUAUCCAUUUUUUUAUAAAUAAAUAACCACGUAACCUAACAAAAUUCUAACAAACAAAAGUUCGAGGUCGACUGUAUCACUUUUAAUCGUAAAGGCGUAUUAUAUUUGCGCUUUUACAACACGUUUGAAGACGGUGAACACGGCCAAUGCUUUAACCAAAAAUAUAAUUUUAAUGUGAAGUCACAAGUGACGUUCCUCAAAACGACCAAGUGACGUUUAUAAGAACGACAGAUGACGUUUAUAAGAACGACAGCUGACGUUGCUAAGAACGACAGGUGACGUUACUAAGAACGACAGGUGACGUUGCUAAGAACGACAGGUGACGUUGUUAAGAACGACAAGAGAUGUUGCUUAGGACCGAUUCCACCGUUGUGUUAAACGGAGAUUAAAAUGACAAUGUUAAUGUAAAAAUAUCAUUUUAAACUUGAAGUGAGUUUGGAACGCGAAAAGUGUAUAUUUGUGGAUAUCCAAAAAUCAGUUAUUAACGCUUGAGAUGACAUGAUUUAGGAGCGAAUGUUGACAUUUAAAAGUGGCAGAUGAGUUAAUCGGAAAAGGUAAAUAAUUUCUGUAGCCUAUAAAAAUCCAAUAAUAAUCAAUGCCGAGGAAUAUGAUGUACGAAUGGUGGGGAGGUAUUUAAAAAAAAACAUUUGAAACAAUGCAUGAUAACUGACAGAACCUUCAACAAAUGACGUUUCUGCUUGUCAACAAUUAUUUUUGUUACUGCUAACGGUUUUACCAAAAAACUAUCUUCAUGUAAUCAAAAAUACCCUUAUCGAGAUGUAUGCCCGCGAAAAGCCUACAACAACUGCACAUUUAUUUAAAUACUGAUCUAUCCAGUUGUUUUAAGCUCUCGAAAAAAAAUAUUCAAAAUGGUGUUUAACGUAUAAGACGACACAUUCAAAUAACCGAAAACAUAUCAAUAAUCAAGGCACAUAAUUUAAAUUUAUUAUUUUACUAUAAAUAUGUAUUCAAUUUAUCACUUAGUACGGAAUGAUUCUAACAUACGGUAUUUACACAUGAUGCAUAUACAAGGGGCGGCCCGAAAAAUCUACUCGGGAACGUCAAAAUUGCAAAUUUUAAGAAUAAAGUUGGUUUGAAAACGAACAUUUCGGGCUCCCACUAGUUCUGAAAAAGGUACUCCUUACCCUUUAGCGUUACUAAAAAAUACAUUUUCUUUUUUAAUAAAUAUAGUCAAUAGUAGUAAACAGAUUUUUUUAUACGGUAAUUUUAACAUAAUAUACGAGGUGAACUGAUAAUAUUUAGCAAAAAUACAUGGAAAAAUACUAUGGUUUUACUUGAAAUAAAAUAUUGCAAAGAAUCGAUGAAUAUAGUCGGAAAAAUCGUUGAAAUCGACAAUUCUGACAUAUUAAAACGAAUUCACUUGAAUAAUAAUGCUAAAAGAUCAACAAUGACAGUUGUCAAUAAUCAAUUUUCUUACAUACUGAUAACUGACACCUCAUAUGACAUUGUUUUAACUCAAAUUAUGUCCGGUUUUGUACUAGUUAGGUAGAAACUCCGAUUCAAAAAUUAUUAAGGUGUUUUGAAUUAUAAUUAAAUUAUAUAUUAUGUAGUGGAUAGAGAUAAAUUAUUAUCGAAAUGACUUUUAACCUUAACUAUGUAGUUGUACUGGUAAUAUGAAAGACAGGUCCUAUUCUCAGGAAAACUCUUCUCAAAAUGGACCUGAGCUCCGCUUUGAGGUCGAAGCAUACGAUCUCGCAAAGGUGUGGGUAGUACCUAGCUAUGUGGACAGCAAACUAAAAAAAUAUUGGGCAAACAUGUUAAACGGUGACGGCAGGAUUUAAGGAACAUAUUGAGAUUAAAACUGUUACUUACCCUGUUAUCAUCCAUCUUCAACAACCUGGUCAUAAUCAAUAACAACAACGACGUCCAGGCUUCCCGGUGCCCUUCGCUUUGCAGCCUGAGGAAAUACUCCAAGCCUUCUUGGCACACCGUCAAUAAGGUACUUUCUAUCACCGGCCAAUAUUUCCGCCUACUGUCGUCACAGUACAUCUUGAAUAGUAUCCUAAGCAGACACGCCAGACUUUGGGUUUCUUGUUUCAGGAGGUUGGGCUUCGUUUGGCCCUUGUAGCCCGCUUUCCAAAGAAGGUUGCGUUGUUCGUGGUUGAGGUUGAACGCUUUCGCGAAUCUGGAAUUGUUAACAAAUUUGAAGUGAGACUUUCAGCUCUUCCGGAAAGCUUACCUGUGUGAUUUCAAAAGGCACUCGGUCAACUGCAAUAAAUGGGGCGAGCUCAGCAACCUGUACAUCCCUUGUUCUUCCCGUUGGCACUCCGUUAAGGAACCGCCGCCGGUCAUGUCGGCAGCGGCAAAGGCCAACGUCUCGGCGUCUUCUUUUCGUGACGUGGCCGGAUAGAAAACUAUAUUAUCGAUAGUUUGGAUGAGUUCCAAUUGCACGGCGCUUUUGAUUGCGAGACUGUUGAAGACUUCCACGUUAUCGACGCUGACGUCUUGGUGGUAA